AUGAAUUUUCUUGUUUUUGGAAGAGAAGAUAUUAAUCAUAUUCCUGACUCUGAACAUUCUAUGGGAAGAAUUGGAAUUGACCUAAAUCAUUUAAAUGAUAAUUCCUUGGUAGAUAUGGUGCAAUGCUUAGAUGGGCAAAGAAGAAACCCUGGUGGUCUAGUAAUAGCUAUUAAUGUCAAUGGAUUUCUUCAAGAAAAUCCUGAUGAUGCCAAAGCUUUCCAUUGCAAGAUUGUUUGCUUGAUUCAUCUAUCUAAAUUUGAUAUUGCUAUAAAAACAAUUGAAAAGAAUUCCAAGUUAUCAGAGUCUCUAAACUUCGAAAAGGCCUAUUGUUUAUAUCGACUCAACAAGAUUAAAGAAGCUUGGGCACUGCUGAAGGAUGAAAAAGAUGCCAGUUUUAAAAUUAAAGAACUUACAGCACAAGUGCUAUACCGUUUAGAGAAAUAUGAGAAAUGUUUUGAAGCCUACAAAGAAUUGGUAAAAAACUCAGAGGAUGAUUUUGAAGAGGAAAGGGAGACUAAUCUAGCAGCUGUGAUUGCAAGUUUGAGUGAAAAAACUGGAAAAGAGGUAAAAAAUCCCCCUCAGUUGAGAGAACACACCUAUGAAUUGUGUUACAAUAAAGCCUGCAUUCUUGUGGGUGAGAAGAUGUUUGGAGAUGCUUUAGAAAAGCUCAAGAAAGCAGAAAAUCUUUGUAGACAAGCUCUUGAAGAAGAUGAAGUUCCUGAAGAGGAAAUUGAAGAUGAAGUAGGAAUAAUAGUAACACAAAUGUCUUAUUGUCUACAACAGCAAGGAAAAUCAGAACAGGCUCUUAAGCAGUAUAACUGCAUUUUGAAACAAAGGCCUACUGAUAUGUCUGUUGCUGCUGUGGCAUCAAAUAACAUUGUGACCCUGAAUAAGGACCAGAAUGUGUUUGAUUCCAAGAAAAAGAUUAAAAUUGCAACAGGAGAUGGACUAGAGUCCAAAAUGACAAACAUGCAGCGAAAAGCAAUAGCUCUAAAUCAUUGUUUGCUAUUGUAUCACACUAAUCAGUCAGAUCUAUGUCGUAAGCAGUUAGAUAAAUUAGCAAAGAGUUUCCCUGAAAGUUCUUCAGAUGUCAUUCUACUUCAAGCUGCAAUUUACAGUAGAGAAAAACAAGUUCCGAAAGCCAUAGAGUUAUUAAAGGGGUUUGCUGCAAGUAAUCCUGCUGAAUCACUACAUGUAUCCUUUGUACUUGUCCAAUUGUUAUUGACACAAGGUCAUGUUAAUGAAGCUUGUGACAUCCUGAAAUCACUUGAUGUAUCUCAUAAGCCAGGAAUAGUUUCAGCAUUGGUGACACUGUACUUGAAUCUGGAAGACAAAGACUCAGCUUCAAAAGUUUUACAAGAUGCUAUUAAUUGGUAUAAGGAAAAUCAGCCCAAAAGUUCCAACUUGGGUGUUUUAUUACAAGAAGGUUCCAAGUUUUAUUUACGAAAUAAUCAAAUGCAAAAGGCUGCUGAGCUGUUAGAGGAUUUAAGACAGUCCAACCCCAGGGAUCCAAGAACUCUAGCUCAGCUGAUUUCAGCAUACUCACAAUUCAAUCCCAGUAAAGCUAGAGAGAUAAGUAGAGAUUUACCUCCUGUUGGUGACAUGUCUGAAGCUAUUGAUGUGAACUUCCUGGAGACAGCUAGUUGGAGCAUGGGUGCUAAGUAUGUCAAGAAAGGAGGAAAGACAGAAGUAUCUCCAUCAGCUCAGAGUAAUGAUACAGUUAUCAAGAAACGUCACAAGAAAAAGAAAAAAGGAAAACUACCCAAAAAUUAUGAUCCCAAUGUUGACCCUGACCCAGAAAGAUGGCUACCUCGAAGAGAAAGAUCUACCUACAAAAAACGGAAAGACAGGAGAGGUGCAGGUGGUGGCAUUGGAAAAGGAACUCAAGGAGCAGUUGGUGGGGCAGGAGAAAUUGAUGUUUCCAAAAUCAAUGCAUCUCCUCGUCCUGGUAGUGUCACAACCUCACCAGCAGGGGGAGCUAUGACUAGCCCACAGGGUCCCAGACAACAGCGUCCUCAACCUGCUCAGAAGAAGAAAAAGAAAGGGGGCCGUAGAUAAAAUUUGUAUGUUAAAAAGUCGAUUGCUAAAUUGUAGAAGUUGGGGAAUUGGCAGAUUCAUGUAUUGAUUAUUUGUACUACUUCAGUUGAGAAGUAAAGAAUUUAAGUCAUUCAGAAAUAAUAUACAUAAAGUACA